UAGGAGCACUUCCGCCGUGAUCCGGAAGCGCUGGGGUAACGGAACGGUGGCGGCGAGCGAAGAUUUCUCGAGGGUUGGAGUGGGGCCGCGGCGAUGCUCACGCCGGCGUUCGACCUCAGCCAGGACCCCGACUUCCUGACCGUCGCCAUCCGCGUGCCCCACGCUCGGGUCUCCGAGUUCGACGUCUACUUCCAGGGCGUCGACUUCAGGUUCUACGCCAAGCCGUACUUCCUCAGAUUAACUCUUCCUGGGAGAAUUGUAGAAAAUGGAAGUGAAAAGGGGUCCUAUGAUGCAGAUAAAGGAAUUUUUACCAUUCAGUUGCCCAAAGAAACUCCUGGUCAGCAUUUUGAGGGGCUGAACAUGUUAACUACGCUUCUGGCACCAAGAAAAUCCAGGACUGCAAAACCACUUGUGGAGGAAAUAGGUGCUUCUGAGGUUUCUGAGGAAGGAGUAGAAGAUGAUGAUGAAGACUUUGAUUGGGAAAUUGAACAGUCCCCCUAUGAAGAGGUGUCAGAAGGUGCUCUGCACCCGCAGGGCCACUAUGGAUUUGGAGGCCUGCGAUCAGGAGUAUUUCAGCGGUUACAGAAACCACCUGGAGUGCAAAGAUCCUUGGGCGAAAGAUGUCCACAGCGUGAGGGAAGGACUCAGCACAGGAAACCGUGGUGGCUGCCCUCAGUGCUGCAAACCCAGAACCCCCAACCGUGGACUCUCCUCACACGGCUGCAGUCCACUCUGCCCUCUCUCUGCUGGAGCCCAAGGAUGAAUUCAGUGACGUCAUUGAUAUUAAGGAUCCAGAUUUUACUCCUGCAGCUGAACACAGGCAGAAACGCCUGGCUGCUGAGCUGGCCAAAUUUGAUCCUGAUCAUUAUCUUAUCUUUCUCUGAAGAAGAGAAGUGUCAGCUGCGAAAAUUUGUCCAUAAGUCUUACCUGCUGGACAAAAGAGCCCAACGUCAAGUGUACUAUAGUCUGAUUGAUAUCCUUCUGGCCUAUUGCUACGAGACUCGUGUCAAUGAAGGAGAGAGGAACGUUGAAUCUGCGUGGAAUAUCAGAAAACUGAGUCCAACACUGUGCUGGUUUGAGACUUGGACUAAUGUUCAUGAAGUCCUGGUGUCUUUUGGAAGAAGAGUUUUGUGCUACCCACUUUACCGCCAUUUCAAGCUGGUGACGAAAGCCUGCAGAGACACUAUAAUGAUAUUGCAACUAGGUAAAAGUGCAGUUUUAAAGUGUCUCCUGGAUAUUCACAAAAUUUUUCAGGAAAGUGACCAAGCUUACAUUCUAAACGAUCUCUAUAUCUCGGACUACUGUGUGUGGAUUCAGAAAGCCAAGUCCACAAGGUUGGCAGCUCUUGCAGAAGCCUUGAAGAAAGCCCCCCUGACGAAGGCCCAGCUGGGGUUGGAAGUGAAUGAGCUGGAGGCAGCUGCACUGCUCGUCUGUGAGGAAGAAGCAGCCUGCCCCGCCUCCAGGCCAACACCACCCUCCAGUUCUGAGGCCAGUGGCUCCGAGGACUCCGACAGCAGCACCUCCUCAGCCGGGACCGCAGACCCAGACUCAGAGCCAGAGGGGCUCGCAGGCAGGGGAACCGGGAGAGGACGGUCCUUGCAAGGCCCCGUUCUUGACGAAAGCCGCGCCCUGCGUGUUGAUGGCCAUGGGCUGUGCGGACGCUUGGCCGUCCCGAGGGCUGAUGCCUGUCGGGGAGAGCUACUGGCCUCUGCGCGGGCCCCUGUGGGAGCCGGGCCUCUGAUAGAGGAGCUUGGAGAACAACUGGAGACGGUGGUGCAGCUCUCAGAGCCCGAGGGUCCCGCUCCUGGGCCCCGAAGGGCACAGGCAGACGGCACCCUCCCGGGGACGGGCGGUGAGGGUUCCAUUUGUGGGUGAGAAUGAUGUCAGGUUUGGUUUUAGUUACUGACUGAGAAUUCUUCAUUUUUACUUGUACUUUUUCUUAAAGUAUACAACAUAGUUUUUUAAUGAGCAAUGUUGAUAACUUUUAGUUUCCUUCCUGCUACUUUAAAAAUAAAGUUCUAAAGUACUUUUACCAAAGUAUAAUUAGUAUCUGAAGAUGGAAAACAAUAGUUGUGCCAGAAUCCCUAAAAUGUGGAGCCCAUUAAUAUCUUCAAAAGCUUUACCAAGAUAUACUUGACAUGCAAUAAGCUGCACACACUUUAAGAGUACGAUGCGAUCGGCGUUGACACAUGCACCAAAUCAAUCAUCUUUGCGAUUAAGAGACUGUACUUACCUCAGCUCCAAGUGUCCUCAUGGUGCCCUGGCGCCCACCCCACCGCUCUCCCAAUAAAGCUGUUAUGAAUAUUUCUGUGCAA